GCGAGCGACCGAGCAAGCAAGCAAGGAGAAGAGCCGGACGGAGAUUCCCGCCCGGCGCCCGAGGUAGCCGCCCCCAUCGGGGUCCCCCUCCGCCGGCUGCGGGCUGCGCGCCCCCUCCGUCCGCCCCAGGGCUCCGCCGCCGGGAUGAGCAGCUCGCGGAACAACCGGGUGAUGGUGGAAGGAGUCGGGGCCCGGGUGGUCCGCGGCCCGGACUGGAAGUGGGGGAAGCAGGAUGGCGGCGAGGGCCAUGUGGGCACCGUGCGCAGCUUCGAGAGCCCCGAGGAGGUGGUCGUGGUGUGGGACAACGGCACGGCCGCCAACUACCGCUGCUCCGGGGCCUACGACCUCCGCAUCCUCGACAGCGCGCCCACCGGUAUCAAGCAUGAUGGGACUAUGUGUGAUACUUGUCGACAGCAGCCUAUCAUUGGCAUCCGAUGGAAAUGUGCUGAGUGCACAAAUUAUGACUUGUGCACUGUUUGCUAUCAUGGGGACAAGCAUCACUUGAGGCAUCGUUUUUACAGAAUUACCACACCAGGAAGUGAAAGGGUAUUGUUGGAGUCUCGACGUAAAUCAAAGAAAAUUACAGCAAGAGGAAUCUUUGCAGGUGCCAGGGUGGUGCGAGGAGUUGACUGGCAAUGGGAAGAUCAAGAUGGUGGCAAUGGGCGUAGAGGAAAGGUAACUGAAAUCCAAGAUUGGAGUGCCUCGAGUCCACAUAGUGCAGCAUAUGUUCUUUGGGACAAUGGUGCUAAAAACCUUUACAGAGUUGGCUUCGAGGGCAUGUCUGACCUAAAAUGUGUUCAAGAUGCAAAAGGAGGCUCUUUCUACAGAGACCAUUGUCCUGUGUUAGGUGAGCAAAAUGGUAACAGAAACCCUGGUGGGCUGCAAAUAGGUGACCUUGUGAACAUUGACCUCGACUUGGAAAUUGUGCAGUCUUUGCAGCAUGGUCAUGGAGGAUGGACUGAUGGCAUGUUUGAAACUUUAACAACAACUGGAACGGUUUGUGGCAUUGAUGAGGACCAUGACAUUGUAGUACAAUAUCCAAGUGGCAACAGGUGGACAUUUAAUCCAGCUGUUCUCACCAAGGCCAACGUUGUCCGAAGUGGAGAUGCUGCUCAAGGUGCAGAAGGAGGAACCUCUCAGUUCCAAGUGGGUGACCUUGUUCAAGUAUGUUACGACCUGGAGCGAAUCAAGCUUCUGCAGAGAGGUCAUGGAGAGUGGGCUGAGGCAAUGCUUCCAACCUUAGGUAAAGUUGGUCGGGUUCAGCAGAUUUAUUCAGACAGUGACUUAAAGGUAGAGGUUUGUGGGACAUCUUGGACCUAUAAUCCAGCAGCUGUCUCGAAGGUGGCAUCAGCAGGAUCUGCUAUAAGUAAUGCAUCUGGUGAGAGAUUGUCCCAGCUAUUGAAAAAAUUAUUUGAAACCCAAGAGUCUGGAGAUCUCAAUGAAGAAUUGGUUAAAGCUGCUGCCAAUGGAGAUGUUGCUAAAGUGGAAGACUUGCUAAAGAGGCCAGAUGUAGAUGUGAAUGGGCAAUGUGCUGGACACACAGCUAUGCAAGCUGCAAGCCAGAACGGCCAUGUCGACAUUUUGAAGUUGCUUCUGAAACAGAACGUGGAUGUAGAAGCAGAGGACAAGGAUGGAGACAGGGCUGUCCAUCAUGCAGCCUUCGGUGACGAGGGCGCUGUGAUUGAGGUUUUGCACCGAGGCAGCGCAGAUUUGAAUGCUCGCAACAAGCGCAGGCAGACUCCACUCCAUAUUGCUGUCAACAAAGGUCAUCUGCAAGUUGUCAAGACUUUGCUGGACUUUGGCUGCCACCCCAGUCUCCAGGAUUCUGAAGGAGACACUCCACUUCACGAUGCAAUAAGUAAAAAGCGUGACGAUAUCCUUGCUGUACUCCUAGAAGCUGGAGCAGAUGUUACUAUCACCAACAACAACGGGUUUAAUGCUCUUCAUCAUGCUGCACUAAGAGGAAACCCUAGUGCAAUGCGCGUGUUGUUGUCCAAGUUACCACGACCGUGGAUUGUUGAUGAGAAAAAAGAUGAUGGUUACACUGCCUUACAUCUGGCAGCUCUUAAUAAUCAUGUGGAAGUGGCUGAACUUUUGGUGCAUCAGGGCAAUGCUAACCUGGAUAUCCAGAAUGUUAACCAGCAAACUGCUCUUCAUCUUGCUGUUGAAAGACAGCAUACACAAAUUGUUAGGCUCUUAGUCCGUGCAGGUGCUAAAUUGGAUAUUCAGGAUAAAGAUGGGGAUACUCCCCUGCAUGAAGCCCUGAGACACCACACCCUGUCACAGCUCCGCCAGCUCCAAGACAUGCAAGAUGUGGGCAAGGUAGAUACUGCUUGGGAGCCAUCAAAGAACACAUUAAUAAUGGGACUUGGCACUCAAGGAGCAGAGAAGAAGAGUGCUGCAUCUAUUGCCUGCUUCCUGGCAGCCAACGGGGCUGACCUCGGCAUUCGUAACAAGAAGGGUCAGUCCCCUCUCGAUCUCUGCCCUGAUCCAAGUCUCUGCAAAGCACUGGCUAAAUGUCACAAAGAAAAAGUCAGUGGCCAGGUUGGUUCCCGAAGUCCAUCUAUGAUCAACAAUGAUUCUGAAACCUUAGAAGAAUGUAUGGUGUGCUCAGACAUGAAGAGAGACACUCUGUUUGGCCCGUGUGGCCACAUUGCCACCUGUUCUUUAUGUUCACCACGGGUGAAAAAAUGCCUCAUCUGUAAAGAACAAGUUCAGUCUAGGACAAAGAUUGAAGAAUGUGUCGUAUGUUCAGACAAAAAGGCAGCAGUGCUCUUCCAGCCUUGUGGUCAUAUGUGUGCCUGUGAGAAUUGUGCAAGCUUGAUGAAGAAAUGUGUACAGUGUCGGGCAGUGGUUGAGCGAAGAGUGCCUUUCAUAAUGUGCUGCGGAGGGAAAGGUACAGAAGAUACCAGUGAUGAUAUUUCAAGUGGAAACAUUCCAGUUUUGCAGAAGGACAAAGACAACACUAAUGUCAAUGCAGAUGUACAAAAGCUGCAGCAACAGUUGCAAGACAUCAAGGAACAGACGAUGUGUCCUGUCUGUUUGGACCGCCUGAAGAACAUGAUCUUUCUGUGUGGCCACGGGACGUGUCAGCUCUGUGGAGACCGAAUGAGCGAGUGCCCCAUAUGCCGCAAGGCAAUUGAACGGAGGAUCCUUUUGUACUAAACAAGGGCUGGGGUUUUUUACUAGCUUGUGAAAGAGCAAGGACGUGGUGAUGAGUUUAAACCUCUGUUAGUUUGAAAGGUAGCAAAGGGUUCUGAUGAAAACAUUUCUAAUACUGUAGCACAGGUUUGUUACAUAGUAAUUGUUUAAAGACUGUGGACACGCCAAACAAAACAGUAUUUGAACAGUCAGCUUGUAGCGUUACUCUUAAAAAACAUCUAAGCCUGAUGCUAAUUUAAAGCAGUCCUUUUUUUCAUUUUGUUUCUGUCUUCUUCCCCUUAAAGGGACAAUCUUCUUUUGUUUUUGUUCAUGUGUAUCAUGUAUGUAUCAGAUGUCAAGUGAUGUAAGGGAAUUUUUUUUAUAUUGUCAGUUACUACCAAACAUAAAUAUUUAGGUUUUUUGGGGUUUUUUUGCUUUGUGCUUUUCUAGAGAGUGACAUUUCCUGUGACAGUUCUGAUUCACAAUGAAUUUCUGUCUUGAAAUACACAGUCAUGAAAAAUCAAUACAAAAUCUAUAUGCAGUAAUAAUAGAUAUACUAUUCCCAUAAGAUCAUGCCACAGAAUGCAAUGGUAGGGUAAUUCUGACUUCAUCAUGCCCUUUGUUCUGAAGAUGGGCUGUGUAGGAAACAAUAAAAAGAAAAAUCUGUUUUAGAAGCAUUAUGUUUCCAAAACUGCACUUUUAGCUAACAGGUUCAAGCUAAAUAACUUCAAUAGCGAGCUUCAUAAUUCUGCUAAUUACGUGACUUUGUAUGGAAUUGCUUUUAGCUUGAGUGGAAAGGAGAACAUUUGAGCUGUGGGUCAGUUAUCCCUUUUAGAUGAGUGAAUUUGAUCCAUUGUGUAGAAACACAUACAUGCAGAGCCGUUUAAAAAUUGUGGGUCUUUGAAUUUGGAAAAAAGAUUUUGCAAAAUUUCCUCUUUUUUAAAGAGAGUUUUAUUGUCUCCAGGCAAACAGUGUCAACAGCAAAAGACAAUAUUUAAUAUUGAUUAUUCAUCUAAGUGGGGUGUUAGCACCAGAAUUAUCUGUGAGCAUUACUGAAUAAUACUGCAAAUGAAGAUAUUGCUGACAAAACAGUGAAUUUUGUGAGCUGUGCCCAGUUCAGCUGAAUUUUGGUGGAAUUUUUUGUCCCUGUCAUGAUAAAGAGCUGUUCCUCCUGACCCCCAAAAUGCUACUGUUAGAGACUGCGGACUAUUAACAUUUUGAAAACAAAUAUAUCCUUUCAUCCUUUUUGGUGAUAGAAAAUACACUGAUUUAAGGAUCUCUUGUAGCUAAAACGAAUCUGCUUGAAAAAUUAGCCGAUUUUUAAUUUUAAUUUUAAUUUAGAAAUUAGAUUUGUUGAUUACUAAAUUAAUUACUAAUUAAUUAGUAAUUAAUUACAAAUAAGUUAAUUACUAAUUAAUUUAGAAAUUAGCUUGCUCCUAAGUGAUUGGACAGUCUUCUGAGUGCAUAGUUCAUGUAGCCAUUGCAUUGUGCAGACUUCAUUUGGAUGUGCUCUUGCAAAGCAUUAAAGAAAUCCAUGCUGGAGUCACUUAGGUGCCUUACUUGCAGCUAAGAUGAAUUUAUCAUUGAAUUCUCAUUGCAUAUGUCUAAAACGUGGACAAAAGAAUAGUUCAGGGAAAGAUCCAAGUAAGGAUAAUGUUAUAAUUGUGGUCUUUGCAGAUAAAUCAAUCUGUCUUCUGAAACUUAUAUUGAUAUGCCUGAACUGUGCAAAUGUUGGCAAAUGUCUCAGAAGACUGUUACUAAUAAACUGUAAAGAUAGACAAACCUUUAAGCAAUAAGAUUUAAACACUGAAUAAAGUUUUCCAGGAAACAAGUCCAGUGAUAUAUUGGAAAAGUGUAUGUAGAGGGGCUUUUAACACCAUGAGGUGUUGUAAUACACAGCCUUACAAUAGCCAUCUUUAAUCCUCAUCCUGCAUUCCAAAUGUUCCUCAUUAUUUUCAGUGUUCUUUCAUUGGACACAAUCACAAUCUGGAGUCACUAUAGUAGUCUGGUUUAUUUUGUGUACUAGUGGUUAUCUGUUCUCAGAUAAUCUUCAUCUGUAUUCUUGACCAAAUGAAGCAGGCUUCGCUUUUUUUGCUUCUUGAUUCCUAUUCUAAAAUAUCAAAAUUUCAAGGUUUUGGAAAAUUUUUGAUGUGAGGCCUUUUUUCAGUUCAGCAUUUUGGUAUCUCCACUUGAACUCUGCGUGCAUCUGAGUGUUCAUUGCAGUUUUCAUUUGGACAAUAUGCUCAUUACUAAGGUUUUUGGUUUGGUUUUUUUGUUGUUUGGGUUUUUUUUUUGGGUGGGGGGGGAGCAUGUUUUACAGCUGAACUUUCUAUAGUGGGCUUCAGUUUCUUGUCAGGCUUCCGCUGGAAAUACUUCUAUAAUAGGAUGUGCCCUUUGAUGAUCCAUUCUGAGUUUUAGCCUGUCGUGCAUCAGAUUUGUACCUUGAUUUCCUCUGUCUCUGGCAGACAUAUUUUGUCCUCUUAAUUCUUUAAGGGAACCUCUGCAAACUUGGCUGUGCAGAUGCAGGGUGGAUCUCUUCUUGAUAACGCAACUCAAAACUGAAACCUCAGUAUAGCAGUUUGCAUUUGACUGAUUCUUUGUUGCUACAACAAGGCAGAAUUACUUGAAAGUAUUCCAGCUUAGCAUCAGUUGAAUAUUCAGCUGAGUUAGAACAGAUCUGAGGCAUCCUGGGUAGGAAACUGGAUGUAAGAUGUAGGUUACUGUUUAACACCCUCAGUGCUUGAAUACCAUCACAGUCCUAUGGAAAUGGAGACAGUGACUGAAGGUAUUGCUGUAGGAGCAGCUUUAGUGUCCUAUACUGCACUCACAGCAGAGGACUGUGACUGCAUAGGAGUUUGUGAUUGGACUCAUUCAGCAGUGUUGUGCGCCACUUGAAACUGAACUGUGUCAGCUUGAUGGUGAUACAGAAAAACAACUAUUUUGGUGCCAAGAAAAACAACUGAAUUGGAAAAACUAGGAAAGCUAACCAAGAUGCUUAAAUUAUUUCUAUAGGUCUCUUAUUGACAGGAGGAAGAGCUGUGUCUUGUCUGGAGAUGGCGAUACAGUUUGCCUUUCAAAAAACUUAAUGAGGAAAAAUGCUUGCAAGUCUGGUAUCAUUUGUGGAAAUAAAUAUUUAUAUUCAGACACUCUUUUCAUUCAGAUGUAGAAGAUGAGCUAGUGUUGUUGAGGAUCCCAGUAAGCUCAUUCACUUUUAUUUUGUCUUACUUUGUGGUUAUCUGUGCGCUGUGCACAGAGUGCGAAUGUUUAAUUGGAUAGCACAUUUUUGAAGGAUGAGAAGUUCACUUGAAAGCCAAAGGGUAUCAUAACAAGUAGUAGAGUUAAGGAAAUACCACUCUGCAUCUGUCUUCAGUAAAAUAUUGAAGUCUAAAUUUCACCUGAGCAAAGUGAAAAUUAGAAAAAUCAGUUAGGCAUUUAUCUCUUAAUUUAUUUUAAAAUCGUAGGAUGUAAGGGUUGUAGGGUUUGUUAUGUCUAUUCCCCAGCAUUUAAUAACAAUUUUGAAAUUAAAUGGAAUACAAUAUCUCCGUUUGUUACUUGAAACAAGUAACAAGACACCUAAAAAUAUAUAUUGUUCAGUGUGAGGUAUGCUCAGAUGUUUAAGUAAAAUACUUUCUUUUCCAUUCAUUAAGGGACAUAAACAGUCAUAUCACUAUGCAGUGAUUUAAAGUGUAAAGGCAACCUAAGAGGUUAACAGAAUAAACUUAAUAGUUGUAGAUUGUUAACUUUUGCAUAACUACCUUUGACUAUUUUUUUUUCCCCUCAAAACUUGUAUCAUCUCUUACUGUGGCCCAAGCUUAUAUGGCACUUGUCAAAAUCUGGGCUGCUAUUGCCUACUUUCCAUUUGUUGGAUUACUGUGUGCAUUGGGGUUUGGAGAAAUCCCUUUUUCCUGAAGUGGAUAAUAAAAACUACACUGGUGGGAUAAUAAACAAGUUCCUUUGUAAAUGUGAAAGUUUGAUUAGAAGGUGGCGUUCUUAACUUGGACUGGGUGAGGAUAUAGCAGAUUUGCACAAGUACUUGUGCCUUGUUAGCAUAAUCUUAUCAUUGGUAUUUUAGCUUCUUUUAAAGACCUGAAGUGGUCUUUUAAAAAUAAUUAAGUACUUAUUGUGUAGAUAUUUUCUAGAGAUGAAGGUAUGUGUAAUUAUCUUUAGCAGUAUUAAUUGCAGUUAAUGUAAACAUGAAUUUGUUUGAAGAAGCUACUUUCAGCUAGUGAUCUGAGCUUCCUCUACAAAACUAAUUGUCAGAAAUUUAAUUUUACUCUUCCAGUAGCAGCUGGUGAACCGAAGAGCCUAUCCUGUUUUUUGUGCUGCAUGGGUCAAGUUUUCACUUAAAAAACCAAACCCCAACAACACUACAGUCUAACCUUUAGCAGUGCUACCUCCUUUUUUGUCAAAGUGCUGAAUUCUUCUCUAGCUGUUUGAUGUCUUUGGGAAAGGGUGAGGAAUGCAUCAGUUUUCUUUUGCUUCAUCAGUUUUGUUGUCUGAAUAUACAUUGCAGAGGUUUUUUUAUUUUAUAAAAUGACUGUGUAAAUUUAGUAAAAUAGUGUGUGAUUUGCCACAAAGUACAUUGUAUACCUGUGCAUUAGUUGCUGGAAUUCAUACUGUUGUCUUUGUGCAUUUUAUACUUUGUUUGUGUUGACAAAGCUAAACUGUUGUCUGCAGAAGCUUUAGUAUGUGCCAUUUUUAUAGCUAAGCCUGUGGUAAAUACGCAAGUUCUGACUCAGGGCUUUUUAACAACUUAAACACAUUCACAAUAUUCUUCAGCACAUCUUGGAGAAUACUAGAGAUUUAAUGACUGUACAGUGCCUUGAUAGAACUAUUGAAUGGGCAGCAGCCAUAGGGUCUUCACAAGAAUGCAAGUAUCUUUUCAAUCCAGUUAAUGAUUUGACAUUAAUAUAGUUGUAAUGCCCUUGCCAUGAAUUUAUAAACUUGUAUAUAUUUUCUGUAAAGGAAAAUUGGCAAAUUUAGAUAUUGUUAAGCUUUCUGAAAGCUGUUUAAUUGUUGCACUGGUCAUGAGGAUCUGAAGGGCAUAAUAUUCAAAUUUACAGAAGCAGCUUUUGUGUCAAAGACACCUGAGAAAAUUUUCUGUAUGUGACAUUUUUAGUGUGAGGGAGAGGUCAUUGUAUAACAUGUAAAAGUACCUGCUUUACUCUGAUCUACUAAAUCUUCUGUAAGUGAGAGAGAAAUAACCAACAACAAAUCAGUAUGUUUGCAUGCCAUUUCAUAGUUAGAAACUUUGUGUCAUUUUGAGCUUCUAGGAAAUAAUUAAUUUGUCUCAACCUUACUGUCUUUAUGAAUUCAAUCUAUUCAUGUUAGAAGGCAGGUUUUACUGAAUCACAACAAACCUUUUUGCUUUUGUUAAAACUUUGUAUUUUCUGUAAACUGUAGAUUUUGACAUGACUGUUUAUUGGAGAAAUUUAAGGUUUCCUAUGUGAAUGUAGUGUAUUUCUGUAUGCAGAUAGCAUUAUAUAAUUGCUUACGUUAAAACUGCUUAGCAAGGUCUAAGCUUUUCAAAGGAAAUGCUGAUGUACUGUAUGGUUAGUAAAACUUGUCAUAUAAGAUGUAUACUGACUUUUUCAAGAGCUUUGAUUUAAAAGUAUAGUUGGACUGAAUUAAUACUGAUUUUUUGCACACAACAUUGGAAAAGGGGUGGUGGCUCAUUUGUCUUCCUCCUUCUUAGUUGUAAUGAUGUUAGAUGUCACCAUGGAAUUUGAAAAUUGGAUGCCUGAAAAAGUAUUUGCAAACAUGGUUACUUGUUGGCAUGCAAUGUUUAAAAGAGCACCAGACUUUAUUGAGAAAUUUUGCAGUCCAAAGUUCUUAAAAAACCUGGUUCUUUUAUGAUAUGUUCCUGAAGAAUGAAUUUGUGGAAGUAUCGGAAGUGCUACGUGCCUUUGAAUCUCCAAGGUACUCAAACAUUGUUAAAGCAGCAUGGUAGAAGUUUGAAGGGUGGAUUAUGUUGUAACAACAGAAAGGUUGAUUUAAAAUUAUCUCUGGAUUAUGUGCAAAUUUUUCUGUAAAUAUGCAGUUCAUAGUACUGUUCUACUGACCCAAGUUGCUGUUAAGUGUUUGUUAGACUCUGUGUUUACUUGUAAUUGAAUGGCCUUUACCGAUCUGGCUAUGUGAAUGUGAUCGUUUAAACAUCUCCUGCCAGAUACAGUAACUUCCAUAUUCUGAGACAACAGAUGCUGCAUCAUGGUUUGUACUUUUAGGAUUCAAUUUAAUGGAUGAAUUUGUAAAAAAAAAAAAAAAAAAAUCUAUGUAAUCAACGACGACAAAACCAACCAGAUUUACACGGCUUAGUGUUUUUAUUUGUCCUAGUGUACAGGUGAAAAGAGGAACUGACAGAAUAAAAAGUUUGUUGCUCUCUUUCUCA